AUGCAACUCUUGUUUGGUGUGGACACUCAUGUACAUCGAAUCUCAAACAGAUUGAAAUGGGUGCAGAAGCCCACAAAGAAACCAGAGGACACCCGUGUGGCUCUUGAAUCAUGGCUGCCAAGAGACUUGUGGGACGAGGUGAAUCAUUUACUUGUGGGAUUUGGUCAACAGACUUGUCUUCCUGUUAAACCUCUUUGCGGGUCAUGCCUUAAUAAGUCACUCUGUCCAUUUGGCAGAAGUGUUAAAGCUUGAUAAUUUGCAGAGAUUUUGUGAUACGAAAGGGAAAACAAAUGAAUUGGUAUUUUAUAUAUAAACUUCAUUUCAUUGAGGAUGAACCUUUAGUAUAAACUUUAGUUGUGGUUUUUGAAGUAUUGAAAAUGAUAGUAAAUUUCCAAAUAAAAUGUAAAUUUUUCACUGCUCAUUGGUUGCAAUUUAAAGCUAAUUGUCAUUUCAAUUAAUGCCUUUUUUUUUUUUUAAGAAGUGGAUUUUAAUUCAUAAGUCAUAGUGAAGUUAAUUUUGGCAAAGAUUUUGGUCAGCUGAUGUCAGUUGGACAAAACCAAACAAAACAGAUCUUCAUCCGAUAGGCGAUGGUCUCAGAUGCCAUUUGAAGAGGUCAUUCCUGUUCACUAUGGUUCACUAUGUUAAAAUAUAUUGUGAUACAUUUUACAGAUGGAGAAUGUGUAAGCUUCUCAUGAAAAAGUAUUGGUCGAUGCAAUAUGCACCCGUUAUAAAACAAUAUGCAGUAUUUAGGAGAAAGAUUCUGUUGUGUUAUCAUUAAAGGUAUUUGAUCUAAAGUACAAAAUAAUACAGCUCUGACAACAUUAUUUUCUGCAUGUAUACAUUGUUUUUAAAAGUGAUUUUACUUUGUACUUGUUUGUAAAUAAAAUUAUUUUUUACUGAUACGUUAUAGCUUGUUAUUAUUAUUGACUUCGAUACAGAGCACGAUAUCAAGAGGUUACGUGGAUAUGAGAGAAAUAUGCAAACAGUUCAAUGAUGCUACAUGUUCUCUUGUGGGAGGGAAAUAUGAAAGGUCAGGUUAGCAUCAAGUUAAUGAGUAAAUCUGAACAG